AUGGAUCUGGCGUACGAUCACAUCCAGGAGAGCUCGCUCCCGAAGGAUGCCGAUAAGAAGACGAGCGACGCCAAGGACCCUAAAACCGGCCAGCCGCAAUCAUCUCUGAACGCUGACUUGCAGGAGGCCUACAAGGCGAUCUCAUCCAGUCCCUGGGGCAUGCGAAUUGGUGGCUUUUUGGGGAGUGCCGUGAAGCAGGGACAAGAAGUCUACAAGGAAGCCUCCAAGGAGGUGACGGAGCUCGGUCAGGAUGCAUCCAAGGGAUUCAGCUCGAUAAUCAACCGAACGCGAUCGCUCACCGUCACCACGGCGCAAGAGGAGUCCUCCGGAGACAAGAGCAAGGAGACCAACAGCCAAACAACGCCCACAAAGACUAGAGACCUAGCAUCAUCGGAUGACCCGAUGAGCAGUUCCGAGAACUACCUCACCAGGCUCCGGUCCGAGGCAGCCAAGCGGCUCAAGGACCUGCAAAAGGCUGAAGACGCCGCCGACGAGGCUCUGCUCCGCUUCGGCACCAACAUCAGCAACUUCCUCAAAGAAGCGGUCAGCAUCGCGCCGCCCUCUGACGCCAACAGCCAGGGAGGCGCCGUCAUGUUUGAGAGCAAGGACGCGCAGGGAAAGCGGGUUAUCCACACCUCAAGGCAAGACGCCCAGUUGCACGUCAUCCACACGAGCACCGAAAGCUUCGCAAAGGACCCCGCCACGGAGGAAUUUGCAACCUGGGCCAAGACUUUUGACGCGGAGAAGAAGACGGCGGAAAUUAGCGACGACCUGAACAAAUACCCCGAACUGCGAACGACGAUGGAGAAGCUCGUGCCUGACCAGGUUCCCUAUGCUGAAUUCUGGAAGAGAUACUACUUCCUCAGACACGGCCUGGAGGCUGCCGAGACCCGACGACGUGAUUUGCUCAAGGCGGCCUCUGCCGAGGAUGAGGUCGGUUGGGACGAUGACUCGGACGAUGAGGCCACUACCACUGCUACUGUUCCCGCUCCUCCUGCCGCCGCCGCCGCCGCCGCCCCUGCUCCCGCCCCUGCUGCUCCAAAUGCCGAGCAGACGCAAGCACGCCCGCCAUCAGCCGAGUCCUCCACUACCAUCCAGCCUCCCGCCCAGACCUCCUCCAAACUCAAGCCCGCUGAGUCCCGCAAGUCGAAUGACGAAAAGUCCCAAGCCGACAGUGACACCAGCUACGACGUGGUCGGUGCCACCUCGGGCGUCCCCAGCCAAGCCCCCAACAGCCCCAAGGACUCCCGCAAGGCCGACGAUAGUGACGACGACUGGGAGUAG